UAGGACAAAACAACCUCAGAUUUAUUCCCUCUUCAUUUUUUUUUCGUUGGAAAUUCAUAAAUAUUAUAAAGGCUACUGGAAACAUAGCACAAAGAAGAUGUUCAGCUAUGAAAUCUGAAUCACUCUCGCAGGCGGUCGUGUUUCCUUUCAAAUGUAUUUGAGUCUUCGAUUUACCAUAAUUUACCAUGUUCUGUUUUUACCUUUUUGGGCUGCAAAACCUUAACAAUAUUAACCAAUGUUAAGUGAAUUGGCAUUGAUCUUUCCGUUUUUAAAAAAUUACAAUGGAUUACAGCAAAUGGUUAUUUGCUUGUUUGUUGUGGGCAUUGCUAAACAAAUGUCACUUCAUGAGUGAGUCUUGCUUCAAUGGAACUUUCAAGAUGCAUGUUGUUUUAUUGGAUGACGACGUGUCGCCUUGGAGUAUCAAUUUUGUGAAGCCUGCGGUGAUGAAAGCCAUUGAAUAUGAUUCUUCUAUCAACUUUAAUGAUGGUGUGGGUCACAAUUUAUCCGUUAACUUCAAAGGGUUUCAAACCAUUUAUUACUUGCGAAAAGGAUGCACCAGUAGCACCUGUGAGGGGGUUGAAAUUUUGAAUAAUCUUGAGAAAGCAGGGGAGGUGAGAUGUGCUCUUUUGGGACCAACCUGCACUUAUGCCACUUUUCAAAUGGUUGAUUUGGAGAUUGGCCUGAACCUUAAUAUGCCCAUCAUCUCAGCAGGAAGCUUUGGACUGUCUUGUGACUUCAAGAAAGAUCUGACUCGCCUUUUGCCUCCAGCACGAAAAAUCUCUAGCUUCUUUGUUCACUUUUGGAAGUUCAGUGAUAAUAUCAAGCCUGCAUGGAAAACAGUGUAUAUAUACAAGAAACAGAAUAACACAGAGGACUGUUUCUGGUACAUAAAUGCUCUUGAGGUUGAUUCAGCCCACUUUUCAUCCAGUUUAGAGAAACGAGUGGUUCUGCGAAAAGAGGAAGAGCUAAGUGUGGCUUUAGCAAGCAAAGACCGGGACAGUAACCUUUUCAUUAUAUGUGGCACACCUGAUGACAUAAUGGAUCUGAAGAAUGGCACUAUGGAUUCUGAUAAUGAAAUUGUUUUUCUUCUGAUUAACCUUUACAAUGACUGUUAUUACAAUGGGAGAUCUAACGCUGCUAUGAAGAAUGUCCUGGUGCUAACAAUGCCAAACACAAGAAAUUACACCAUUGAUACUUCUGGUAACAACUCGAUGAAUGAUUAUAUUGCGGCAUAUCAUGAUGCAGUGCUGCUAUUUGGGCAGGUGAUGAGGAGGAUCUGGAACAUGGCCUCUUCAGAACUUCAUGAUAUGGAGAGCGUCAGCAUCAACUACUUCAGAAAUGUGUCAUUCAAAGGUAUUGGUGGAGAUUAUGAGCUGGAUGAAUAUGGUGACAGGGAUCUGAUAUUUUCUUUGAUCUACACAAACAAUGACAAUGAGUACAAAGUUCUUUACGAGUUCAACACUACCACCAACCAUACUCAAUCAGUGGACAGCAGUCCUUCCUUUAUUUGGCCUCAACUCCAUCUACCUGAAGACCGUCCAUCAAUAGAUUCCAAAGGCAUGCAAGUCCAGAAUAUGAUUGUCAUUGCAUUGUGUACUGCUGUUGUGGGAUUGAUGGCUACACUUGCCUUCAUCUUUUACUGGCAAAACAGAUCUUAUCGACACAUGCAGAAAAGAUGGUCACACAUCUCCUCAGAGCUCAUUAUGCCUCUAGAGUUGAGUGAGCACAAUAUGGUCUGUCUGAAGAUUGAGGAAGACACUAAAACAAGUUACAACUUGCGUCGUGCUCGUUAUGAUAAAAAGAUUGUGAUCCUUAAGGAGUUGAUGCACACAGAUGGCAACUUCUCCGAGAAACAGAGGAUCGAGCUUAAUGCGCUCUUGAAAAUUGAUUAUUACAACCUGACAAAAUUCUAUGGGACAGUCAAGUUUAACAAAGUUUUUGGAGUGUUCGAGUAUGGAGAGAGGGGAUCCCUCAGAAAUGUGCUUGAUAAUAAGAUUUCAUACCCAGAAGAGACCUUCAUGGACUGGCAGUAUAAGAUUUCUGUCAUGUAUGACAUUGCCAAUGGCAUGUCUUAUCUCCAUGCAAGUAACAUUGCAGUCCAUGGGCGACUUAAAUCCACUAACUGUGUGGUUGACAACCGAAUGGUAGUGAAGAUUGCAGACUUUGGCUUUAAUACAAUUUUCAGUCCCAGUAAAGAUCUGUGGACAGCACCUGAACACUUGCGGAAACCAGGGUUCUCUCAGAAAGGGGAUGUCUACAGCUUUGCCAUAAUUUCCCAGGAAAUCAUGAUGAGGAAGUGCACAUUCUACACAAGCACCUGCUCUGAUCAUGCUGAGAAGCUGGCCAGAGUGCAAUAUCCUAGUCUGACCCCUUUCUUCAGACCUGAUCUAAACUUUGAGAAUGCAGGUGAUAAAGAACAGGAGGUGUGCAUGCUAAUCAGAAAUUGUUGGGAUGAGGACCCAGAUAGAAGACCAGACUUCAAAAAGAUAGAAAUCACUCUACGAAAGAUUGUCAGUCUGGACAACCAGGCAAAUGAGAGCUACAUGGAGAACCUGAUUCGUCGGCUGCAGAUGUAUUCCUGUAACCUUGAGCGACUGGUUGAGGAACGCACCGCUCUGUACAAGGCUGAACGAGACCGAGCAGACUACCUGAACUUCAUGCUUCUGCCUGGACCAGUUGUGCGCUCUCUAAAGGAAACAGGAAAAGUGGAGCCUGAGCUCUUUGACGAGGUCACCAUCUACUUCAGUGACAUUGUGGGCUUCACCUCACUGUGCCACUACAGCACUCCCAUGGAGGUGGUGGACAUGCUCAAUGACAUCUACAAAAACUUUGACAGCAUCCUUGACAAUCAUGAUGUCUACAAGGUGGAGACGAUUGGUGAUGCAUACAUGGUGGUGUCUGGUCUGCCUCGGCGGAAUGGAAACAGGCAUGCAAUGGACAUCUGCCACAUGGCACUGGAUAUCCUGGCCUUCAUGGGCACAUUUCAGUUACGCCAUCUGCCUGGCCUGCCCGUGUGGAUCCGCAUCGGUGUGCACUCAGGGCCCUGUGCUGCUGGGGUAGUGGGAAUUAAGAUGCCCAGAUACUGUCUGUUUGGAGACACUGUGAACACAGCGUCUCGCAUGGAGUCCACAGGUCUACCUUUACGAAUCCAUGUAAGUCAGUCAACUAUCAGCAUUCUCCAGCGGACAGACUGCAAAUUUGAGUAUAAAAAGAGAGGAGAAACAUACUUAAAGGGUAAAGGAAAAGAGACAACAUACUGGUUGACGGGAGUAACAGGGCAGGAUUAUAAUCUGCCAACACCACCAACAGCAGAAAACUUCCAGCAUCUGCAGCAGGACUUGGCUCAAAUGAUUAAGACUUGUCUCGAGAAGCGUCCUACCAGCAUGAGGAAGCGGAAGACCCUAUCGACAAGCCACAAGGUGCUCAUGGUAGAAGCAGAGAUGGAAUUCAUUGAGCAGCCAGAGUAUCUCCACCUGGCCAUUGGUGACAGCCUAAGCACAUAUCUGUAAACCCAACCCUGAACAUAACACACUGUCACAUGAGUGUAAGGCCAAACCAAACUGGACUUAAGUGUAAAAUACAGCAGAAUGUAAAUACUCUAUAUUAUAAAAUGGAUGGUUCUGACCCUGAAUUCUGAUUGGAUGAGCAUGUUCGAAGCCGUAACAGUCAACAAUUAGAAAAAUGAACCAUAUAACUGGGCAGAUGAAUUGUUUAUUCAGAUUAUUAUUAAUAAUAAAUGCUUAUUAAAGAUGGUUGUCUUUUAGAAUAUUGCUGUUGCCACUGUUUUAAGAAAGCAAUAAGAUGCUCGAGUCCAUGCGUUACAGUGAUUUUACCACAGGCAAGGAGAGUUUAGGCACUCUGCUGCAUUUCUGAAGUGUUUUAGAGUUUAGGUUCAAUAUUUCACCCUCCUGAAAGUUUUAAUUGUAUUUUUUUUAAUGUUAAAUACUUAAAGGGGGCCUGACUACCACACCUGGAGUCACAAGUUCAAAUCCAGGGAGUGCUGAGUGACUCCAGUUAGGCUUUCUAUGCAACCAAGUGGCCCGGUAGAGUAACGUGUUAACCUCCUCGUGGUCGCUAUAAUGUGGUUCGCUCUCGGUGGGGUGCGUGGUGAGUUGUGCGUGGAUGGUGCAGAUUAUAGUGUGAAGCCUCCACACAUGCUAGGUCUCCGUGGUAGCAAGCUUAACAAGCCACGGGAUAAGAUGCGCAGAUUGAUGGUCUCAGACGCGGAGGCAACUGAGAUUCGUCCUCCAUCACCCGGAUUGUGGAGAAAAUGUUUUUUUACAUACUUACGCAGAGACAACUUAACCAUUUGUAGGUUGAUUUCCAUGAAAAGUGCAAACACUGUGGCUUUGUGAUGCUUUCAAAAAUGCUCUGUUUGUUUGAGUGAUCCAACAUGGCAACAUUGUUUAAGUUUGGGGCUGGAAUACAUGUUUGUCAUUUGUUUUCCAAUUCUGUUACACACUUCAACACUGCAAUUACAUUAAUACUUUUAACCAUGUUGUUAUAUUUUUCAUUGUACUUGACUGGUAUUCUAAACUAUUUUAAGUGACGUACCUACGGUGGCCGACA